UUUCAUUCCCCCUGUCACACGAGGCAGUGGCAAACCCGAAGUGGGAGGGGAGAAAUAGAAGGAGGGAAGGGAGUGGAAAGAGGGCGGAAAGUGAAAGGCACAGAGGGCCUCUCUGUCUCUCGUCUCACUAGGUUCUCGACUGCUCCUGGCCGCCGAUGUAUUGUGGGAUCGCGGCGCUGUUCCUGAGACUGUCGGAACCGCAGGGGAGCCCACUAGAGAGCGCCUCCUAUCGUCCAUAAGGUUGCCCUGCCAUUCCUCGGCACCCCAACUCCCCUCACCCCCCCAUCGCCUCCUCUUCCAUCCUCCAGUUCAAAAUGGCGACGGCGGCGGCAGCGGCGGCGGCGAUGGCUCCUCCGGGCUGCCCGGGUUCGUGCCCCAACUUCGCCGUAGUCUGCUCCUUCCUAGAGCGCUACGGGCCGCUGCUAGAUCUGCCUGAGUUGCCGUUCCCCGAGCUGGAGCGGGUGCUGCAGGCGCCGCCGCCAGACAUCGGCAACGGAGAAGUACCAAAAGAAUUGGUGGAGCUCCAUUUGAAGUUGAUGAGGAAGAUUGGUAAAUCUGUAACAGCAGACAGAUGGGAAAAAUAUUUGAUCAAGAUAUGCCAGGAAUUUAACAGCACGUGGGCAUGGGAAAUGGAGAAGAAGGGCUAUCUUGAAAUGAGUAUUGAAUGCAAACUAGCACUCUUAAAGUACCUCUGCGAAUGUCAGUUUGAUGACAAUCUGAAAUUCAAGAAUAUUAUUAAUGAGGAAGAUGCUGAUACUAUGCGUCUCCAGCCAAUUGGACGAGACAAAGAUGGCCUUAUGUACUGGUACCAGUUGGAUCAAGAUCACAAUGUCAGAAUGUACAUAGAAGAACAAGAUGAUCAGGAUGGCUCUUCAUGGAAAUGCAUUGUCAGAAAUCGAAACGAGUUGGCUGAGACUCUCGCACUCCUGAAAGCACAAAUUGAUCCUGUACUGUUGAAAAGCUCUAGUCAAGACAACUCUUCACGGGAAAGUCCCAGCUUAGAAGAUGAGGAGACUAAAAAAGAGGAAGAAACACCUAAACAAGAGGAACUGAAAGAAAAUGAAAAGAUGAAAGGUGACGAGCAGCCAGUAGAUUCAGAAAACCAUUCUUCAGCCAAUGUUCUAGAAGAAACUACUGUGAAAAUAGAAAAAGAAGAUGAAAAGGAACUUGUAAAACUGCCAGUCAUAGUGAAGCUAGAAAAACCUUUGCCAGAAAGUGAGGAAAAAAAGAUUAUUAAAGAAGAAAGUGAUUCUUUCAAGGAAAAUGUUAAACCCAUUAAAAUGGAAGUGAAGGAAUGUAGAACAGACCCUAAAGAUACCAAGGGUGGCUUGGAGAAGCUAGUGGCACAGGAGCCUGAGAGGAUAGAAUUCGGUGGCAGUGUUAAAUCUUCUCAAGAAAUUACUGAGAAAUCUACUGAAGAAACCGAGAAACUUAAAAAUGACCAGCAGGCUAAGAUACCACUAAAAAAACGAGAAAUUAAACUGAGUGAUGAUUUUGACAGUCCUGUCAAAGGACCUUUGUGUAAAUCAGUUACUCCAACAAAAGAGUUUUUGAAAGAUGAAAUAAAACAAGAGGAAGAGACUUGUAAAAGGGUCUCUACAAUCACUGCUUUGAGUCAUGAAGGAAAACAACUGGUAAAUGGAGAAGUUAGUGAUGAAAAAGUAACUCCAAAUUUUAAGUCAGAACAAAUAGAAACAAAAUUUUAUGAUGUAAAGGAAAAUAGCUAUAUCCCCUCUAAAGACAGAAAUGUUAUCAUGGAGGGAAAUGGAGAAGAUUCCUUAAAUUCUGUCAUAAUGAGUAUGAGAGCAGGUGAGCUUGAGAAGGAAAUGGUUCCUUUAGGGAAAGAUGUAGAUAGUUCAUUAUCAGUCUUGGAGACUCAGAGUCAAGAAGGGCAGGCAGAGAAACCUAGUCCUCCAGAAAUGGAAACCUCUCUUGAAUCUUCGGAAAUGGCAAAGGAUCUGUCUUUAAAAACUGCUUUGUCUACCACUGAGUCUUCUACCUUGAAAGUUGAAGAAAAGUGUCCUAAAAGUAAGAAGGAUAAGCGCCCACCAAUCAUAGAAUGCUUUGAAAAGUUAGAAAAGUCCAAAAAGACUUUUCUUGAUAAGGACACACAAAGAUUGAGUCCAAUACCAGAAGAAGUUCCAAAGACUACACUAGAAUCAGAAAAACCUGGCUCUCUUGAGGUAGCCGAAACUUCUCCACCGUCUAAUCUGACUGACCCCUGUGAGAAACUAGCUUCAGAAAAAGAAGUGGCAGAACUCAUAGGUUCUGAUGAAGGUCAAGUUGACCCAGCAAUUCUACAAGAGGAGUGUGAGUCCAUGAAAGUAAAAGUAGAUAAUCUGGACAAUGCAAAGACCUCUGGCAUAGAGGAUCCUUCUGAAACAAAGGGUUCUAUGCAAAAAAGCAAAUUUAAAUAUAAGUUGAUUUCUGAAGGAGAAUCCACUGCCCCAGAAAAUACAGAGAUAACCUCUGAAAGGCAGAAAGAGGGAAUCAAAUUGACAAUUAGGAUAUCUAGUCGGAAAAAGAAGCCAGAGUCUCCCCCUAAAAUUCUGGAACCAGAAAGCAAGCUAGAAAAGACAGAAAAGGAAGAAGAGAAAACAAAUGUGGGUCGAACUUUAAGGAGGUCUCCGAGAAUAUCUAGACCCACAGCAAAAGUGGCUGAGAUUAGAGAUCAGAAAGCUGAUAAAAAAAGAGGGGAAGGAGAAGAUGAAGUGGAAGAAGAGACAGCAGCUUUGCAAAAAACUGACAAAAAAGAAAUUUCGAAAAAAACAGAAAAGGAUACAAAUUCUAAAGUAAACAAGGUAAAGCCCAAAGGAAAAGUUCGAUGGACUGGUUCUCGAACACGUGGCAGGUGGAAAUAUUCCAGCAAUGAUGAAAGUGAAGGGUCUGACAGUGAAAAAUCAUCUGCAGCUUCAGAGGAAGAAGAAGAAAAGGAAAGUGAAGAAGCUAUCUUAGCAGAUGAUGAUGAACCAUGCAAAAAAUGUGGCCUUCCAAACCAUCCUGAACUAAUUCUUCUGUGUGAUUCUUGUGACAGUGGAUACCACACUGCCUGCCUUCGCCCGCCUCUGAUGAUCAUCCCGGAUGGAGAAUGGUUCUGCCCCCCUUGCCAACAUAAACUGCUCUGUGAAAAGUUAGAGGAACAGUUACAGGAUUUGGAUGUUGCCUUAAAGAAGAAAGAACGUGCCGAACGAAGGAAAGAACGAUUGGUGUAUGUUGGUAUCAGCAUUGAAAACAUCAUUCCUCCACAAGAGCCAGAUUUUUCUGAAGAUCAAGAAGAAAAGAAAAAAGAUUCAAAAAAAUCCAAAGCAAACUUGCUUGAAAGAAGGUCAACAAGAACACGGAAAUGUAUAAGUUACAGAUUUGAUGAGUUUGAUGAAGCAAUUGAUGAAGCUAUAGAAGAUGAUAUCAAAGAGGCUGAUGGAGGAGGAGUUGGCCGAGGAAAAGACAUCUCCACCAUCACAGGUCAUCGUGGGAAAGAUAUCUCUACUAUUUUGGAUGAAGAAAGAAAAGAAAAUAAACGACCCCAGAGGGCAGCUGCUGCUCGAAGGAAGAAACGCCGGCGACUAAAUGACCUUGACAGUGACAGCAACCUGGAUGAAGAAGAGAGUGAAGAUGAAUUCAAGAUCAGUGAUGGAUCUCAAGAUGAGUUUGUUGUAUCUGAUGAAAACCCAGAUGAAAGUGAAGAAGAUCCCCCAUCUAAUGAUGACAGCGACACUGAUUUCUGUAGUCGUAGAUUAAGGCGACAUCCCUCUCGGCCAAUGAGGCAAAGCAGGCGUUUGCGGAGGAAGACUCCAAAGAAAAAGUACUCUGACGAUGAUGAAGAGGAGGAAUCUGAAGAGAAUAGUAGAGACUCUGAAAGUGACUUCAGUGAUGAUUUUAGUGAUGAUUUUGUAGAAACUCGUCGAAGGCGGUCAAGGAGAAACCAGAAAAGACAGAUCAAUUACAAAGAAGAUUCAGAAAGUGAUGGUUCCCAGAAGAGUUUAAGACGUGGCAAAGAAAUAAGACGAGUUCACAAGCGCAGACUUUCCAGCUCAGAGAGUGAAGAGAGCUAUAUGUCCAAGAACUCUGAAGAUGAUGAGCUAGCUAAAGAAUCAAAGCGGUCAGUUCGAAAGCGGGGCCGAAGUACAGAUGAGUAUUCAGAAGUAGAUGAAGAGGAAGAAGAGGAAGGCAAACCAUCCCUCAAACGGUUACACCGAAUUGAGACAGAUGAGGAGGAAAGUUGUGACAAUGUUCAUGGAGAUGCAGGUCAGCCUGCCUGUGACACCCAGCCACGGAUCCUGUCCUCAGAACAAGACAGCACCAAGAGGCCCUACCGGAUAGAAAGUGAUGAGGAAGAGGACUUUGAAAAUGUAGGCAAAGUGGGGAGCCCAUUGGACUAUAGCUUAGUGGACUUACCUUCCACCAAUGGACAGAGUCCUGGCAAAGCUAUUGAGAACUUGAUUGGCAAGCCAACUGAGAAGCCUCAGACCCCCAAGGACAACGGCACAGCCAGUGCAAGCCUAGCCCCCAAUGGGACAAGUAGUGGGCAGGAGGCAGGGGCACCAGAAGAGGAGGAAGAUGAGCUUUUGAGAGUGACUGACCUUGUCGAUUAUGUCUGUAACAGUGAACAGUUAUAAGACUUUUUUUCCAUUUUUGUGCUAAUUUAUUCCACGGUAGCUCUCACACCAGCGGGCCAGUUAUUAAAAGCUGUUUAAUUUUUCCUAGAAAACUCCACUACAGAAUGACUUUUUAGAAGAAAAAUUUCCACAAACCCCAAAGUCUUUCUGUGAAGUGACCAGUUUUGAACUUUGAAGAUAAAUAAUUGCUGUAAAUUCCUUUUGAUUUUCUUUUUCCAAGUUCAUGGUCCUUGGUAAUUUCAUUCAUGGAAAAAAAUAAUCUUAUAAUAACAACAAAGAUUUGUAUAUUUUUGACUUUAUAUUUCCUGAACUCUCCUGACUUUGUGAAAAAGGGUGGAUAAGAAUGCAUUCCGAAUCUGUGAGGGCCCAAAACAGAAUUUAGGGAUGGAGAAAGCACUUGUGCUUUAGCUUUUUCAUAUUAAAUAUAUAUUAUAUUUAAACAUUCAUGGCAUAGAUGAUGAUUAACAGACUGUUUAAAAGUCCAAGUCUGUACUGUUGCAAUUUGAGAAUUGUAGAUAACAUCAUACAUACAUUUAGUAACAGCUUUCGUGAAAUCAACUUGUUUACUAUUGGAGAUAACCACACUUAAUAAAGAAGAGACCGUGAAAGUACCAUCAUAAAAAUCUUUAAUCUAAGUUUCUGUUACAGCGGAAUUUCUUGUUUAAAAAAAUAAAAUCAUCUGAAAAGCAUUUGUACAGUAAAUGUAUAAUGAAGUUUUGACAACCAGACUGUGCUAGCAACAAACUUUUUAAAUAGCUUUAUGCAGUGGUGAUAAGGUGGCCUCUAAUGUACUAUAUCUGUAUCUGAUGGAGAGUUAUUAAUGAAAUGAGUGAGGUCUUUCUUAAGGCCCAGGUGGACUGUAAACUUUGCCAGUAGUGUAACUCUUGUCUUCUGGCCACUUGAUGUUUAAAUAUUUGAAAUAGCAUUUUGAAAGUAAUACAUCUAUAUAUAACAUACAUGAAGAGAUGCUAAGCUAACAGCAGUAUUUUAGCACAUUUAAAGAUGGGGGAGGGAUUUUCAGGUGAAUUUUAACUGGUCUAUUCUUGCCCUUAGUAUCUACUUCAAAUUGAAGUCUACAAACAAAGCUGUUCCUUUGGGAGGUUUUUAGUUUGAGUUUUAGUGCGCGCGCGCGUGUGUGUGUGUGGGGGUGUGUGUGUGUGUGUGUGUUGGUUUUUCCUAUCUGCCUGGAUAUAUUAGCAGGGUCUGAAUGUAGUUUUGGCCUUUGGCCAUCAGACUUCUAUUAAAAUUCAUUAAUAGUCACAUGACCAUCAUAGAGUUGAAUGAGAACUGUCGAUAUACUUACUAGGCAUGACAUCCAUUUCAAACAUCUCAACAUUUUGAAGAAUGAUAAACCCUUUGUUUCAAGAAAAAGGGAUUUGUAACUAACUAAAUAUCUAACGUAAUUGACACUAAAAUAUGAACUUUAUCUUAUUUAGUUUCUGUGAUAGCUAUAAAAUUUCAGGCAGAGCCAUAACAUUGUACAGAGUGUAGCACUUGUUUUAAAUUAAACCUUGCCUGUCAAAUUCUGAAACUUUCACCCAUUUCAUCUGUGAAUACUUUUGCCCUGGGUUUUGGGGUUUUCUGUUCCAGUGUUGUGUCUGUUGCCGGCAAUGGACACACCUUAUCUACUGCUGGCCCAAGGAACUUCAUUAGUUUUUCUUUCCAAAUUAUGUAUUAUAUGUGCUAGUCAGUAUACAGUAAAGCACUUCUUUUUUUUUUUUUUUAUUAGAAAGCUGGCAUUAGACUUGCAUUUUAAAUACCUCUCUAGGAACUUGAUACUCCUCUUCCUUCCUCAGCAGGUGUUGCCCUUACAUCUCAUCUUUUGGUCUUGGAAGUUACAGCUGUUGUUUUUCAGUUGCUGUUGGUUCUUUUGUCUUGUUUUGUUUCACUUUAGUUCUGUAGUACCUGCCCAUUAAUAUUUUCACUUUGAUUCUAGCAAUGUAUAUGUAUCUGUAUAAAAAAUAAAAUAAUGAAAGCAGCCUAAUAAUAGGAUGCACCAAUAGCAUGUGGUUCCAAGCAAGUUGUGAUUUUUAUUUUGAGACAGUGUUCCACUAGAAGGGAGGGAAGGGCUUUCCUCUCAGUGAGUAAAGCAGGGCUUUGGAAGGAGCCAUAUUUGCUUACAGAAACUCCUUUCUGGCUAGGUUUUUUUAUUUAUUUAAAAGUCAGCGAAGAAUUCUAACCAUUUUAACUAUCUUAAACAAGCAGACAAUAUGAAAGGAUUCCUACUAGUGCAAGGUAAGUGAUUCGAAUGUACAGGUGGCCUUCCCUGCCACCUAGUCUCCCUCUACCAUUUUACGUCUGCAGCUGGGUAAAGCCACUAUCAUAUAGAAACUCUCCGUGUGCCCUGCCUCUACCUCUGACACCAGCUUCUUCCACUUCCUCUACCUAUUAGUUCGAUUCCUCUGUUAAGACAAGUGAUCAGAAGUAGUAGUAAACGAAUAAGUAACUUAUUUUAACAGGAUGCCUAAUGUGAAAUAAGGAGUUCUUUUUACUCUUCUGCUAUAAAAGACCAAGGGUGAUUUUUAGCGUUGUAAAGACUGAGUAUUCCAUUUAGCAAAUGUCCUACUGACAUGGGUUAUGAUACCACUUUUGCCGCCUGAUAGUCACCAAACUUGAAUCAGUGUCAACUUGAUAAUGAGUGUAACCCUUCUCUCCUUGUAUUUUCAUCAAAUCAGUUAACUAUGGGUCAUCUACCAAGAAUGUAAUCCAAGCAGCUGAUAAAUAUGAAUUAUUAUUAUUAUGCACCUAGAUUGUUAUAGGUGAUUAAAUUUUGAACAAUUCAAAAAACAGUUAUGCUGCUUGGUGGUUGGAUUUAGUCCCUAAAAGAAGUCCAUGUUCACUGAAUAUUCAUUCUAAAGGUAUCUGAAAGCUAAAAGAAGUUAAAAAACCCCAACAAAAUAUAGAAAAAAGUAAAUAUUCUGUAACCAAGAGUACAAUACAGUCGUUAGGAACUGGAGAAAGUAUAGGAAAGCAUACUUUCAGAUCUAGAGUUUAGGCCAUCUUGGAUUCUUGUUAGAGCAGUAACCCAUGGAUUUAGAUUCGUGAUAGAUACUGUGUGUAAUAGAGCCCUUUAGUAAUUUUAACCCUCUUUUUUAAAAUACAAAUUGGACUAUCAAUAUCAAACUCUAGUCUACAGGAAAUGUAUUAAGGGGAAAUGUAGAUUAGCAUUCAGUAUAUUUAGUUUGCUAUUUCUGUAAAGGUUUGAAAACUAGCCAAAUUUUCACAAAGCAGAAGCUUUGAAUAAAAAUAUGUGUGAAAAGGACUCAGACUGAAAACGCACAUUUUGCUUUUGUACAUUUGUGCUGAUGAAAUGGUGUUUAGUGUAAAACAUUUUCCAUUGUUGGCACAUUAAUGCAAAGUGAUGGCAGAGAUAUUUUCAAGAAUAUAAACAGUAUGUUGAGGUUAGAUUUCCUUGAUACCCUUUAUCCCGAUGCUCAAGGUUAUAGAUUUAGAGGAUAAAGGGGAAUUUAAUUUAGAAUAAAUCUAUGUCUACUGGUAAUUUUUUUUUUAAAGAACCAAGAACUUCAAAUGCUAACAAACUUGUUGAAAAGGUUUUUAAAUCAAUUUUAAAAGGUUAUAAAACACUGUCCAGUUUUCACAUUUUGGUUGAUAAAACGAAUCCCAUAAUAUUCCUUUGAAUGAAGUACAUAUAUUAAGAAAAAUAGGAACAUUUACUUGUUUAAAUUGAGAGUUAACAUGGGGGAAUGUUAGCUAUUUUUAAGUGGAAUUGAUAGAAUGUCCUUUGUCACAAGGAAUGCUUUUUUAGCUUGUGGGCAUAAGAGAUGUUAAUCAUUCUCUGGUUCUACCAUACAACUGCAAAGAACCUAAUGAAUCUACAGAUUUAAACUUCAGAAGUUUUGAACUCCACUCUUCACCAGCAUAGUGGAGCAGGUUCAUAAUUCAAGGUGUUGCGUCACAUAUAAAACAAGUAUUCAGAGACCCAAAUCAUUUGUUUAAAUUUUGUGUAUGUAUAUAUGUACACAUGCUUCAGAUAAGUAUUCGAAGAAAUAAAAAUGAAUUCAUCAUUAACUGAAUAUUAAAAGAAAUAAGACAACCAUUACAACUGAUACAAAAUUAUGAACAUCAUUUACAGUCUAGAGAAAAAUACUUGUCUGACAUUCUCAAAAUAUGCUCCUGGUUCUCCUAAAAGCAGAGAAUGCCAAGACUGCUUGUCUGCUAUAAUCUACCUAUUCCUCUCUUGCUUUCUAUGAUCCAUCAUUAAACUUCCUUAGAUUGAAAUCCAUUCCUGUUUUAUCCAACAUUCCUAGUGUGUACCUGUAAACCUACCUUGGAAUUGGCAAGUUAACUACAAUUUUUUUCAUUGUUUUUGUACCAAUCCUUAAAGACAAGGUCUUUUACUAUCAAUGUAUUUAAACUGGGUUAUUGUGUUACAUUUUUACUCUUCCAACUUAAAUUAUCAUUUAAUAUUUUUGAGUGUCAAAAUUGCUAAGUAACUAACAUGUUGAAGAUAAUCUUUCCCAAUUAGGUAGUCAUAAACCAAUAUAUAGUGAGCUUAGGGUAACCACUUUGGAUUGUACACUCAACACUUUUUAUUCAUACAAACCAUCUCAGAAUUUGAUUAAAAUAUAAUCCCAUUAGUGGAUUUUUUUCCCUCAUUUUGUACAUUGAGGCUCAAUUUUUUUUUUUCAUAUCAUGUUUAUACCACUUUGUGAAAUGCGGUAAACCCAAUUCUGGCAGAUUAUAGUAGUUUCAGUUAAUGAAGAUAUUUUAAUAACUUUUUGACUAUCUUAUAUGUAAGUAUAUAAGAGGACAUAACAAAUUAAUAGAAGAGUAGAAAUUUAUUAAGUUCUUUAGGCAUUUUGAAAGAAUAUUUUCAAAGGAACUAUAUUUGUGUUUUUGUUUUUUACCAAACUGGUAUGAGCUAAAAAAUGUGCUAAGGAUUAAAUAAUCUGCCUUUUUUUCUUUUUGCCACUGGAUGAUGUAAGUUGAGAAUGGAAUUGUUAAUCCUAACUAUGUAUUUUCUUGACUUUCAUCAGUUUCUAAAGAAAUCUGAUUUAAGUGUUUUGGGUUUUGUUUCAUCUAUAUUUAUUGAGUUUUGCUCAUAGACGACCAGGAGCCUGCAUGUCUUGCUUAUGAAUGGCCAGAACACAGUUAUUGGGGGAACUUAAUGGCUCAAGCCUUUCUGAAUCAUUUUAACUUAUUUUGUAUGUUGCAAAAAAAAAAAAAAGUUUAUUUUGCUUGAGAGUCACAUUUUUUUAUAACUGUACAGCUUUUAAGGGAUGGGAGGUGGGAAAAUGCCCUAAAAUAGGAUGUAGAUUUUUACAAUUGUGUUUAUGCUAGAACAUCUACAGGUACAUUAUGUAAUUAAACCUAAAUUGUUUUAAAUUUUGUGCCAUGUCUUUCAUUCUCCUGCCCUUUAGCAGAGUUGAUGCAUGUCAAUACUGCUAUAUGGACAAGCCUUGAAAUUAGAUUAACAAGCCCUAUCUCCAAAGCUUUAAGAUCACUGCAUGAAAAUUGCACACAAACACACACGCAGACACAUACAUAUACACACAGAACUAGUUCAUAUUAGUGUAAAUGGAUUUUCGGGAUCAGAACAGCGAUAAUAGCCCAAAUUUGGGUGUUAACAGCAUAUUCUAACAGUGCAUGAUUUUCGUGAUGCCUAACUAGGGUAUUUUCAGUGUUGGUCUGGUGUUUUGUUCUCUUAUGAAAGUAGCUUAUUAAUGAUGGUAUCUGAGUUGUAACUUGCCCAAGCCUGCCACAAGGUUUUGUGAAAGGGUAUGUCCUGUGAUGAGAUGGGGGUGGGAAUAGGGCAGAGCUUGGUUUCUUUUUAAUCUGUAAAAGAAAGAAAAACUAGAAUUGCUCAAUUUGGUUGUUUAUUGGGCUUAAUUCCACAGGAAUAUUUGUCUGUUUAAACACAGCAGGAAGGGAAAUCAGAUUCAAAUUUUAAUUCCUUCCUUAUUUGAUGAGUAUUUUGAAAUCUUGCAGAACUGCUGAUUCUAGCACAGUCUUACAUGGCACAUUUUAUCUAUCAUGUUAUAUUGACACCACCUUUGUUUAAUGCCAGUACUUUUUUUCCAUCUGAUAAUUUUGCCAUUAUAAUUUCUCACCUUUGUAGCAUAAGUGUAUUCUUGUAAAGAAUUAAGUUCAUCCAAGAGUGUUAUAAUUUCUAUUAAGGCUGCCCUUCAUGUGUUGUCAGCUAAUGGGAAGUCCGUUUCUUUGCAGUCCUCACCCAUUUAGAGGUGAAGCCUGGGGAUCGUGAAUUUCCAUGUGAAGAAUACAAAUUCCAGAUAAGAAUUUAUAAAUGGUAUAUUUUAGAAUUUCAUUUCAACUUCUAAAGUAAUAGCUGGGAUUCAAGGAGUGUUUGAUCAGAACACUGCUUGGAUUUUUCAGACAUGCUUAUAUGAAAUGUUUUAUUUUCCUAUGCAUAAAAAAAUGUAUUCCUUGAAUAGGUUCUCAGAUGCUUUAUUUUGUUUCUAGGAGAUAAUAGUUAAAGCAGAAGCUCCAAGAUUAGCAUAAAACUAACUCUUGAGGUAAUCGGGACCAUCUGUUAGUCAAAUAGGAGAAGCCAGAGUGCUCUCCCUCACACAAUAACGUACUGCAUUGUGUUGGGGGGAAGAUCUGAAAACUGGAAAUGUGAUUCCAAUAACACACAAAGUAAAUUUUGUGCAUAUAAAGUAUGGCAAUUCCUGGUAGCUUAAAGCUUCAGGGGAAACUGCCGUGUAUGAACACCUAGUGUGUUAGAAUUGCAGUGCAUAGUUGUUUAAAUUCAAUAUUCCUUGUAAGUGACAAGCAAAAUACGUUGUGGCUGGUGCCAAUAUUUUUGUUAAUGAAAUGUUUACUGUCUCACUACCGUCUGAUCAGAACUUUCGGUGUUAUAAGCCAGGCCUACAGCCAUUUUAUAGCUAUUGGCCUAAUUGUGUAACUUUUUCUUUCAAAAUGUUUUAUUAUAAUACUUCUGUCAUUUCUUUCACUUAAUAUGUCUAUUGUCAUAAUAAAAAAUUUAAAUAAUUUGAUGUAUUUAA